UGUUCAUCCUCAGCCAUGUCCGCCAUCAGUCGCUCAAUCGAUGACUUUGCCUUGGAUCUGCUCCGGACUCUGAGCCGUGCAAACCCAUCAGUGAAUAUGUUGGUGUCUCCUCUGAGCAUCAGUUCAGCUCUGGCUAUGGUCUACAUGGGAGCCAGAGGAGACACAGCUGUUCAAAUGGAAGAGGUCCUGUCAUUCAAAUCUGGUGAAGACGUCCACUCCAAAUUCGAGACGUUAAUCAAAGACAUCAACUCACCAUCGAAAUCAUACAGUCUGAAAACAGCCAAUUAUCUGUUUGGGCAGAAAAGCGAAUCUUUCCUCAGCCGGUUCGAGGAAGCCUUGAGUAAGUACUACAGGGCCUACCUGAAUACUGUGGAUUUCAUCGGGGCCACGGAGGCGAGCAGAGUGGAGAUCAACACCUUGGUCGAGCAGCAGACAGAAAAUCAAAUAAAAGAUAUCCUGAAGCUGGGGACAGUCUCUAGAGAGACAAAGCUGGUUCUGGUCAAUGCCAUCUACCUGAAGGCAACCUGGAAGUACGUUUUUUUUCCCAAAGAAACCACAGAGAUGCUCUUUAAAGUCAGCCAGACUGAGAGCAAACCAGUCCAGAUGAUGUUCCAGAUGAAGAAGCUGCCCUAUAAACUCAUCACUAUUUCCGGUCUGAAGAUCCUGGAGCUGCCGUUUGUGGCGGAGGAGCUCAGCAUGUUGAUCCUGUUGCCUAAAGAGUCCACAGACGGCUCUGACCCUCUGGUGAAGCUGGUGAAGGAGCUGACGCUGCAGGAGCUGCAUGAAUGGACCGACAGGGAAAACAUGACAGUCCACUCAGAGAUCCUGGUUCACCUGCCAAAGUUCAAGCUGGAGGACGUCUACGAGCUGAAGGAGCCUCUGUCUGAGCUGGGCAUGAGGGACGUGUUCAACCCGUUAAAGGCCGACCUGUCUGGCAUGAACGGCGGAAGAGAUCUCUUCGUGACCGAGGUGGUACACAAGGCCUUGAUGACGGUGAACGAGGAGGGCAUAGAGGUGGGUGCGGCCACAGGACCCAAGGUAAACAGCAGAUCAGGACCUUCGAGUGGGGAAACCUUCACAGCAGACCACCCCUUCCUCUUCUUCAUCAGGCACAAUAAAACCAAGACCAUCCUCUUCCUCGGCAGGUUCUCAUCUCCUCAGUAGACAGAACAGGAGAGGAAGAUAUUGAAAUAAAGGCUUAAUCCUUUAAAUGUGGGCUUUAUUUUCUGGGGUUUAUGCUAAUAAGCUUGGUUUUUUCUUCUGUUUUUGCAAUGAAAUUAAAGAGGAAGAUAUUAAUUAAUAAAAAGGGCUUAAUCCUUUAAAGGUGGGCUUUAUUUUCUGGGAUUUAUGCUAAUUAGCUUGGUUUUUUCUUCUGCUUUUGCACUGAAAUUGUGGAGGAAGAUAUUAAUUAAAGAAUAUUUUUGAUCCAACAA